UCCCAGCUACUCGGGAGGCUGGGGCAGGAGGAUUGCUUGAGCCUGAGAGUUUGAGGUUGCAGUGAGCUAUGAUCACUAGAUGUUGUGCUUUACCCGGGGCGACAGAGCGAGACUCCGUCUCAAAAAAACAAAACAAAAAACAAGGUUGAAAAAAAAGACAUGGACAGAGCUGAGCAGGUGUUUGUUGAGUAGUUAAUAAGAGCCAGGGCCUUGGGCUUAUGGAGGGAAAUUGUACAGGGCUGGCUCCUGAUCUGCCCAAGUCUAGUUGGGGAGGCAAGGUGUCAAUUCAUGAAGAAGCCACAACCAAUCAUGGUGACAGGCAGUGCUUCUCAGCUUUCACCAACCAUCAGAAUCACCUGAGGAAGCUUGCUUAAAGUGCAGAUUCCCCUCCCCCUUCCUCGCCCCUUCCUCUCCCUGUUCCUUUCCACUUCCCCUCCUAUUUCUUCCCUUUCCCCUCUUCUUCCCCUCACUGACACAUAAUAUCUCAUUCCCUCCUUAUAUCAACAUUAUGAAGUGAGUAUUAUUAUUCUUAGUAUUUGGGUGAGGAAACCUGAGCCUCUAGCCAUGGUUACAUAACUUGCAAGAGUAUUCUGAGUCUAGUGAUACCUUACUAGUCUUUUUUUUUUUUUUUCUAAUUGACUUUUUACUCACUAUUCUUGAAUGUCAGAGAGAAGCAGGGCUAGGGUUAUGGGAUUGUAGAAUUAGUGGGGUGGGUGAUCAAACCAUCUAAGGCAAGAUGGUGUGGGUGACUAAGAGCAUAGCCUUGGACCAGAUAGAUUGUGUUCAAAUGCAGAACUUCAUUGCUUGCUAACUUAUGACCCUGGACAGGUUGCUUAAUCUUGCUAAGCCUCAGUAUCUUCACUUGGAGCAUGGGAGCAGUAAUACCCACCUCAUGGGGUUGUUGUGAGGAUCAAUGAGGUGUACUUGGUGCAGAGCAAUUGCUCACCACCUGGAAGCUAUUGUAAUUAGUCCUCCUAGGUCUCUGAGCUGUGGCUGUGCACCUGUGUUAUUCUUUAGCACUGUGGUUUCCGGGACACACCCCAUCCUGGCUAGGCUUUUUUUUUUUUUUCUUUUAAUUAAGGAUGACAUUAAAGGUGCUGAAAGGAUGCCACCAGUAAAUGUUUAUGGAGAACCUACUAUGUGCUUGGCAUGGCCUAGGAACUCGUGACUCAGACCUAUGCCUGAUGGAAAGGAGGUUUGGAGUGGGGGGUGUUUGGUGGUUAUGGUUUGUCAUCUCCAGGAGAUAUGUGAAGAGCAAGUAUACUAGAAGUGGGGAGGGGAAGGACCUUCAUUAUCAAGAACUGAGGUGAGUUCGGUUCUACUUGGCAGUUGGUGGAUGGCUGACAUGGUCUCUCAGGGGCCCUCCUCAGCCCAGGAGAUGGAAGUAGGGGCACUGGGUCUGUGGCUGAGGGCUGAUGAAGCCUCUGUCUGUCUCUUUUCCAGGUGACAGUGGCAUGGCUGUGCCCCAGGCUUUCCCACUGGGGUCCCUCCAGGAGCCUACAGGUGCCUUGAUGGAGCCCCAGCCCUGCCCUCGAAGCUUGGCUGAGGGCUUCCUGGAGGAGGAGCUUCGGCUCAAUGCUGAGCUGAGCCAGUUGCAGUUUUCAGAGCCAGUGGGCAUCAUCUACAAUCCUGUGGAGUAUGCGUGGGAGCCACAUCGCAACUAUGUGACUCGCUACUGCCAGGGCCCCAAGCAAGUGCUCUUCCUGGGGAUGAACCCUGGACCUUUUGGCAUGGCCCAGACUGGGGUGCCCUUUGGGGAAGUGAGCAUGGUCCGGGACUGGUUGGGCAUUGGGGGGCCUGUGCUGACCCCUCCCCAGGAGCACCCUAAACGACCAGUGCUGGGACUGGAGUGCCCACAGUCAGAGGUGAGCGGUGCCCGAUUUUGGGGCUUUUUCCAGAACCUUUGUGGACAGCCCGAGGUCUUCUUCCGUCACUGCUUUGUCCACAAUCUAUGUCCUCUGCUCUUCCUGACUCCUAGCGGGCGCAACCUCACCCCUGCUGAGCUGCCUGCCAAGCAGCGAGAACAGCUUCUUGGGACCUGUGACGCAGCCCUCUGCCGGCAGGUGCAGCUGCUGGGGGUGCGGCUGGUGGUGGGAGUGGGACGACUGGCAGAGCAGCGGGCACGGCGGGCUCUGUCAGGCCUGAUGCCAGAGGUCCAGGUGGAGGGGCUGCUGCAUCCCUCUCCCCGCAACCCACAGGCCAACAAGGGCUGGGAGGCAGUGGCCAAGGAAAGACUGAAUGAGUUGGGGCUGCUGCCCCUGCUAUCGAAAUGAAUACCCCUGGGGCCUGGCAUAGGACAUAUUCAAAGCUUCCCAGUCAUUCUUGGGCAAGCAGAUGACAAGACACGUCCUGGAUGACAGCCAAAAGGUCCUGGGCUCCCCGGUUGCUGGGAAACAUGUUCUUUGAUCUGUUGACUGUCUUCCAACCUGCUGUGGCAGUUUUGACACUACUCCUGUUCGCCCUCCCCACUCCUGCUUUCUUCACCUUCCUUUGAGCAUUGCCCCUUCUGUGGUAUCUGACUCCACAGAGAAUCGGCGGAAGGUGGGCUCUGUUGCACUUGCAGACUGCUCUACCUCAUUGUUUCCUUGGGAAAUGCUAUUCAGCGGAGAGUGACCUAGUCAGUGACUUCUAAGGUCAUAUUUGCUGUUUCAGAGGAAAUAUCUUGCCAGGAUCCCCACCCAUCCUUAUAGAACAGCUUCCUGCAGCUGACGCCUUUCCCCAUAGGGCCAGGACAAAGCAUGGGACAUGAUAUUAAAAGUGAACUUCUUAUGGGAGCUGAGGCUGGACCACAGGGAGAAUUCAGUGUGGCGGAGUGGGAAAGUCAGAAGACCUGGAUUUUCAUCCGAGCUUUGACAGACUUGUGAACUUUAUGAUGGACAAAUUGAUUAACCUCUCUAAGCUGCAGCAUUCCUCGUCUGUAAAAUGGGGAUGCCUGCUCUUGGGGUUGGUGUGAGGAUCAACUGAGAUAACACUGGAAAGUGCCUUGCGUAGGCCUGGCAUAUGGGUGCUCAUUAUAUAUUCUUCUCCUUGCAUGCUUGCCUCUGGGUUGGGGUGUCACUGCACUGCACUACGAGGGAAGCCCCCUCCACUCUGAAGACCUUGCUGUGGGGGAGUCUGGGUUUCCACCUGUGGCCAGGGCGAGGCGCAAAUUCUUGCCCUGCCAGAGAUGGACCAAUGAUUUUAUGAAAACACAGCUUGUGAUUUUUUUUCAAUUUAAGCAUUAAAAGCUCCUAAACCCUU